GAAGUCUCCAAUGAGUUUUGCUGGAUCCCACUUUGCUCGUGACCCCCUGUGGUGAAGUUACGGGCUAAAAGGAAGGGAGGUGCCAUCGGCUUAUAUAGACCCUGAGAAACGGUGUGCGGCACAAUUUACAAAGGACGAGGCAGAAGAGAGCAAAUCCCAGGACCCGAGCGAGCACCAACCACAGAAGAAUGGCUUCACCAAACCUGGCGUUGUGUCUGCUGCUGGUGUGGGCGGUACUGCCGCCCAGCUGCUGUCAGCACUGGUCCUAUGGACUGAACCCGGGGGGGAAGAGGGAUGUGGACGGCCUUGCAGACGCUGCCGCGGGCGAUGUGAAGCUGGUUGAGGUGUUUCGGCACGUGGACACACCCUGCGGUGUUUGGGGGUGUGCAGAAGAAUCGCCUAUUGCCAAUAUCUACAGAUCCAAAGGAUUUCGUGGCAGUGUCACCAACAGAGAGAGUGGACACAUAACCUACUGAAAAUGAUGAUUACUUGAUUCUACAAUAAAUAUUAUACAAGCAUAUAA